UUGAAUAUCUUAGACUAUUUAAUUAGCUAAGAUUUAAAAAAAGUAUUAAGACAGAAAGAGAAAAGUUUGUUGGGACAGAGUCUUCUUCUCUCUCUCUCUCUUCAUCUAAAGAGAGACGGCGACUCAAAUCUAUACCUUCUUCAUAACAUUAACGCUUUUACCGGAGCCUAAGAGUGUUUUUUUCAAGAUUAGAUCUUCAGAAGCUCAUCGAACACGUGAUUUAGAAGCAGGAAGAGGAAGAUGGAAGGUAGCGGGAUGGAGAUGAACCUGGAAAGAGAGUAUAUAAGGAGGCAUCAUCAUAAGCAUACGCUUCUGGAGAAUCAGUGCAGCUCUACGCUUGUCAAACACAUCCAAGCUCCUGUUCACAUCGUAUGGUCACUUGUGAGAAGAUUCGACCAGCCACAAAAGUACAAACCAUUUAUCAGUAGAUGUGUGGUGAAAGGUAACAUGGAGAUUGGUACUGUAAGAGAGGUUGAUGUGAAGUCAGGUUUACCAGCUACUAGAAGCACUGAGAGAUUAGAGUUGCUUGAUGAGAACGAGCAUAUUCUCAGCAUCAGGAUCGUUGGUGGAGAUCACAGACUCAAGAACUAUUCUUCAGUCAUCUCUCUUCACCCUGAGACGAUAGAAGGAGGACGAAUAGGGACACUUGUGAUCGAGUCCUUUGUGGUGGAUGUACCAGAAGGGAACACAAAGGAUGAGACUUGUUACUUUGUCGAGGCUCUUAUCAAAUGCAAUCUUAAAUCUUUAGCUGAUAUCUCUCAACGCCUUGCGGUUCAAGACACAACAGCUUCCACAUGAACAAGAGUCUAAGAGAAGAUAAAGAUUGAAGAAACUUAAAUGAAAUGUCGAGUCAAGAGAGAAAGAGAUAGAUUUGGUGCCGUGGAUGAAGCUUUCAAAGGGAGAAAGAGAGUGUCUCUUUGAGGAUGGACAAGGCAAAUAAUAAUCACCGUUUUACCGUUACAUAAAUCAUUUUCUCUAUUUAACUUUUUUGGUUGUUAAUUUGAUGAAUGUUAUUGGUUUCUUUCUUCUAUAAAGAAACAAAAUAUGAUUUUGGAGAUUUGGCCUUUUUGCCACCACUUGCAGGAAUCUUUACAAUUUGCAGAGAGACAUGUUAAAAGAUGUGAUCAUGGGGUUCCACUCUUUCUUCCCCUUUUUUGUAGCACUUUUAUAGUUGCUUGCACCCAUUAUGGCCACACUUGUUUCUUCAUUUUAUUUUCUAUUUUUGUUUGGUAUUAUGAUUACUAACUUUACUGAACUAAUAGCAUCUGUGGGAUGUGAAAAAAACUCCACAAGGACCAUUAAGGAAAGAGAUGUAUAGCUUUUAGACUUUGUCUUGACUUGUGAUUGUGGAAACAUACAUUAGCUCCAUUACCUGUAAAAGGUACUUCUUUGUUUAGUACUAUUUUUACAUUGCUAGUGUUUCUUUUUCUUCCUUUUGUUAGCGGAGGAUAUUUGUAAUUUUGUUUUUGAAUAACCCGUUGUAUCUUGUACUCUGUCGAAGUGGAUCUAGACUAGCGGCGAAUGUCCGUAACAACCUACAUUAUUGAUCGAAUUACUCCUUGACAGAUGAGUUUAUUAUACGUUUAUCUGACUGGAAU